UAAUGAAAAACAUGAGAGUUAGGGAUCCGGUGAAGGAGCUUUUCUCGGUUCUUCUUAUGGCGGUUGCCGUGUAGAAGCGGGCGGUCGAGGUGGCGGCGGCGGAGGAUUCUGCGAUGGAGGAGACUGGGGUGGAGGAGAGACUCGUUAUUUUGGUUUAAUUAAACGACGACGUGAGGAUAUUGUUUGGCAUUAUCUGAUUUUUCUAUAUUAUUAUACCUGCUUUGUGCCACACCACACCACACCGACCUCUGUUUCUCUGUACUUUUGUUUUCUCCGAGACGUUGAUUCUCGGUUUUGCCUCACCUGUGUACUGCUUCCUGAUCUCUUCGAGAAUCUCCCGAGAAUUUUGUGAUUUCCGACGAGUUUGUCCCACAAUCGAAAUACGGUUGAUCAAGUGCUUACUUGUUAGCAUCGGGUUUCACAUUUGAAUCGAAGACAGAUCUGUCAGGUUGCUUGAAAUCAGAAGAGAUAAUUGAUUUCAACAAUCUGUGUAGUAAUUCUGAAGGUUUUGGGUGAAGAUUGCAAUCAAUUUCUCCAUUGCGAUUCUGUAGUGUGAUGAUGGCGUUUAAGGCCAGCAUUGGUAACUUAUCAAGGAGAAGGCACAUGCGAGGCAGAGGGCAGUCUCACAUUGCUCCUGAGGCGUCUGUGGCUCCGUCUUCUGAUUUCAUCGAACCGAGUCAGUGGGCAAACAUGCCCCCUGAACUGCUCCUUGAUAUUAUUCACCGAGUAGAAGCCAGCGAGACUUCCUGGCCUGCCAGGAGGGAUGUCCUUGCCUGUGCCUCUGUUUGUAAGUCGUGGAGGGAGAUCACGAAGGAAAUCGUUAAGACUCCUGAGGAAUGUGGGUAUCUCACUUUUCCCAUCUCUCUAAAGCAGCCGGGGCCAAGAGACACUCCAAUCCAAUGUUUUAUCAAGAGGGAGAGAGCCACUUCCACAUAUAGACUAUACCUUGGUCUGAGUCCUGCUCUGUCUGGUGAUAUGAGUAAAUUAUUAUUAGCAGCAAGAAAGAUCAGAAAGGGAACAAACAUAGAAUUUUUGAUAUCAUUGGUUGGAGAUGAUUUUUCACGAACGAGCAAUACCUUUGUUGGGAAGUCGAAGUCUAAUUUUCUGGGGACAAAAUUCACCAUUUAUGACAAUCCGCCUCUGCAUGGCCCUGAAGUACAAUCCAAUUAUAGGUCACUUUUUAAAGUACGCUCAAACCAGGUACAUCCUAGGGUAUCUGCUAGUAAUUGCAAUGUGGGCACGAUAUCUUAUGAGCUGAACAUUCUUCGUACAAGAGGCCCAAGGAGAAUGCAGUGCACCAUGCAUGCAAUACCCUUUUCUGCAAUUCAAGAAGGGGGCACUGCUCCAACUCCAGUGGAGUUCCCAAAUUGCCAAGCUUUGCAUUUACCUUCCUCACCAGUAUUGGGAGGAAACAAGCAAUUUGUUGAAUUCAGCUCUACUCGCCUCAGUGAGCUACCAGAAUCAGUCUGCCGGACAGAUCCCCUGGUUUUGAAAAACAAAGCCCCUAGAUGGCAUGAGCAACUGCAGUGUUGGUGCUUAAAUUUCAAAGGACGUGUUACGGUGGCUUCUGUGAAGAAUUUCCAAUUGGUUGCAGCCACAGAUUCUUGUGAAAACGUUCCUGCUGCAGAAAAAGAAAAAGUAAUUCUGCAAUUUGGAAAAAUUGGGAAAGAUAUUUUUACCAUGGAUUAUCGAUAUCCCCUCUCUGCUUUCCAAGCCUUUGCAAUCUGCUUGAGCAGUUUUGACACUAAACCAGCAUGUGAAUGACUAUUCUUCUUUCUUCCUGGGCAAUGACGUGUCUCAUAAAGAUUUGGUUGUAUAUAGUCUAUUUCAAGGCAGCACUUUGAGCUUAUGCCUCUUUGAUCAGGGAGUGUCUUUCUUCUGCGGACACUUUUAGAUGUAAUGUCUGAAACCUGCAUUGUGCAGUGUGUUGGCAAAAUCUAUUUAGCUGUGAAAAGGCAAUGAUGCACUUUACUACUUGACUCCUUGGCUGUGAAAAAAAUGUUCUCAACUUUGCAGAUGAUCAAAGAAGCUCCUAGUUGUAUAUA